AAUCGGCUCUAUCUUCUCCUCCUUGUCUGCAGGAUUUCCCACGAACCGACUGCAAUUUCACGUGUCCGUCGCCCAUCGGAAGGAAACGAAACUACUACGAUUAACACAACAAAAUCAAAAUCUCGCAUCCCCAUCCAAGCCACACCUAGUUGUUCAUACGACGAUCCGUCUUCAGGCUUCUGCAGAGGGAGAAAAAGUAUCAAACGCGAGGGCUAUCUCAAAAGAAUGACGGAGGAUGGUUGCCCUAGGGUUUCGUCUGGUGAAUCCACUGAAUCAUCGGCGACGAAGCCGAGGAGAAAGAGAAAGUGGGAUCAGCCUGCAGAAUCCUUGGUGUCUGCAGGAAUUGCUGUACCUGGUAUUCUUUCAUUAAGCAACAUGGGAUCUCUUGCUGCAGUAACUCUUCCAGGUGUUGCAACAACAACUGGUGCUCUUGUGGUAAAUCCUCUUAUAGCUGGCUCUGUGUCGAUACCACAUGCACUUCAGGCACCUUUAAUACAGCCACACGCCUCUGUGGUUGUCCAAAAGAUAAAUCAACCUAAAAUUCAAGACGAGUUGAUUGCUCGAGAGAUUGUCAUAAAUGAUGCUGAUUCUGCUGUUCGGUACAAGCUCACAAAACGUCAAACCCAAGAAGAGAUCCAAAAGUUGACUGGUGCAAUAGUAAUAACUAGAGGCAAAUAUCGUCCUCCUAAUGCACCUCCUGAUGGCGAAAAACCACUCUAUCUCCACAUUUCUGCUGGUGCACAUUUGGAGACAACAGUGGAACGGAUUAAAGCAGUUGAUCAUGCGGCUGCCAUGGUUGAAGAGAUGCUGAAACAAGUGUCUAUCAACAACUGUGGAAAGGUUACUCAUGCUGUGAGCACGUGUGUGUAUCUGGGCUUUGAAGCAGAUCCAUCAUUGAAUAUUGCUGCUCGUAUUCGUGGACCAAAUGACCAGUAUGUAAAUCACAUUAUGAAUGAAACAGGAGCAACUGUCUUACUAAGAGGACAUGGUUCAGGGAAUCCUGAAAGCGCAUCCAGUGAAGAAGUACAGCAGCCACUGCAUUUAUUCUUGUCAAGUAACAAUCCAAAAAGUCUUGAAAAUGCUAAGCUUUUGGCUGAGCACCUGUUGGAUACAAUCAGCAGAGAAUGCGGCACUUCCAGGGUCUCAUCAAACAAGGUGUAUGGUGCUGUUCCACCCCCACAACAGUUGUUGGCUGGAUUUCGGAGUUAUGGGAAUGAGGCUACUCCAAAUAAUAGUUCAGAUACUAGUUUGAUGUCAUCAACUCUGAAUGAUGCAGCAAUUCCACCUGCUUCUUCAGCCACACAUCCAGUCGCCAGUACUGCCCUUCAACAGGGUACUUCCUCACAACUGACGGGAAUGAGCUGUGGCAAUUCUCAAUCGAACAUGGUUUGCUAUCCUCAGCCAUCAUUUGCCGGUGGAACGAGCUAUAAUGGAUACGGUGGCAUAUAUCCCCAAGCCACACCUUUACAGCAAGUUGCCUUGGCCCUUAGACAGUCACCCUCUCUAGUAAAUUCCACAGUUGCUCCUGCAACAACUAAAGCUAGCACUGCAAUAAAUUCUAGUGAGAGCUCAUCUUCUGAGAAGGAGAAACGGCCUCCACAGAAACGAAAGUUUCAGGAGUUGCCAGUUACUUCAAAGGGGCAUGCCGACCCCCAUCAGAACUCAUUGCAGGGACCAGAAUUUCUAGAGUCAGGCGAAUCGACAUCAGAGUUGGGUGUAAGAAAUGUUUCAACAAUGCCAGCUCCAAAAAAGUUGGCGCAACCAUCAACCAAGGGGAUGCCUCUGCCGCCACCUUCCAGGAUAAUACUGCCUCCACCACCAUCUCUACAGCCACCCAGGAGCAUGCCUCCACCUCCACCAAAAUUCAGUUCACCAUCACCUUCCUCAAAAGCUCCUGAGAAGAGUGUUCUGAAUAAAUCAAGUCCCCAAGCUGUACCUGAUACUUUGAUCAAGCUGAUGGAAUACGGAGAGGAAGACGACGACCCUGAUGAAGUGGUUGAUGAACCAUAUAAGAGUAAUUCAAAUGGAUUGGCGCCUCCGAAACCAUUCUGGGCUGUAUGAGCAUUAAGUUGCUUUUAAUUGGGUGAUAUUGGCAGGUCGGACUGUUUGGAACCUAGUUUAGCGAGAUGUUUUGACUGUUGUUCAAUUGGGAGCUCGGUAACUGCACUAAGCGUACACUGCCUAUUAGUCAGAAGCCUGAAGGCUGGGUGUUUGAAAUCAAGAUGCAUCAGUAAUUGUCCGCUGUAUAAUAUAACAAGUGAGGUCGCUUGCUGGCUGAGGCAGAAGCUUGGGGAAGCCCUGUUUUGGUCUUCUUUUUGGCAUUCAACCGAAUCUACCCACCCUUUUUUUGCUUUUGUUUUUGCAUUCUCAGCUCUUUGAUUAUUAAUUUGGAGGUCUGGAAGAGCAGCACGAUUGUGAAGUAGUAAGGGUCUAGAUGUGAUUCGCUGUAACUUGAGAUUUAGUUGCUGAUUAGCCACACGAAAUCGUCUGUAAUGCUACAACGUUUGGUAUGCAAGGUCGCUGUUGUAGGGGGUGAAUUUCCUCUUA